AUGUCUCCAUAUUCAGAAGAGGCAAUUCUAGAGGACCCUCGACUAUUUUUCAAUGUGGCUUCGCCAUCGAGUACCUUCAUCUGCGGCUCCCAGGGCUCGGGCAAAAGUCAUACCUUAUCCUGUAUGCUGGAAGGAUGUCUGAUUCCUUCGAGAGCAGGCAAGCUCCACAAGCCCAUGGCAGGUGUCGUUUUCCACUAUGAUACUUUCAUCAGCGACAGUGGCGGCUCUCCCUGUGAGGCUGCCUUCCUUGCCUCGCACUCUAGCGUAAAUGUUCGAGUACUCUGUGCGCCAACGAACUUGGAAACCAUAAAGAAAACCUACGCUAGGUUCAACAUCCCUGUUGAGCCUUUGCUAAUAGACCAGGCCCAUUUGAACACCAAGCGCAUGUUUGAUCUCAUGGCGGUUGGCCAGGGCCAAGGUCCGGCUCCGCUAUAUGUGCACACUGUUCAGCGGAUUUUACGGGAGAUGCGCAUUUUGCAGCAGAGCACCGGAUCUCGAUUUGACUACAGAGGGUUCAAGCGGAGAGUCCUCGAUUCCGAUCUCCUUCCAGGCCAGCUUGAGCCUUUAAAACAGCGAUUGGACCCUUUGGAGAGCUUCAUGCCGCUUCAGCAGGCAGUCACCUUGAAGUCACGCAGGAAGGGAAUGGCGGGUUCCAACAAUACAGGCUCCAGCUGGACACCAAAGCGGUCGCGACUGACCAUCGUCGACCUCUCCUGCCCAUGCAUUUCGCCGGAUACAGCCUGCUCACUCUUCAACGUUUGCUUUGGAAUUUUCAUGGAGCAAGAUACCGAAAUCGGCAGAGUGGUGGCCCUGGAUGAGGCUCAUAAGUACAUGAAAGACUCGAUCGAAGCUCGGACUUUUACAGAUACUCUACUCUCGACCGUCAGGCUUCAGCGUCACCUCGGUGCUCGUAUCCUGAUCUCCACUCAAGAGCCGACGAUUUCGAGCGAUCUUCUUGGGCUGUGUACAGUCACCAUCGUGCAUCGAUUUACAUCGCCGGCUUGGUUACGCGCGCUGAAGGGGCAUGUGGCCGCAGCUGCGAUGGAGGUAAAAUCUCGUGAACUACCGAACAACAGCGAGGAUGAAGCAGAAGGCUCAGCCGCCUCGAGGACCUCAUCGCUGUUUCGUCAGAUUGUGCAUCUUCGAGUGGGCGAGGCCUUGUUGUUUUCGCCCAGUGCAGUCGUUGGUGCGUCGGAAGGGCAUCGACUGGGCGAUGGAUACAUGGUCAUCAAGGUCAGGGACCGGCUGACUGAAGACGGCGGCAAGAGUGUUAUAUCGUCUUGA